UUCUUUUAAAAAAAUAUAUUAAUCUUAAUAUAUUUUAUAAAUAAAAAUAACAUCAAAAAUGUUUCAUUUAAUUAAAAAUAUUUUUCCAAAAAACAUUAAUGUUAUAAAAAACUCUAUAUUUUUAUCUCGAACGUUAAAUACUAAAAAUAUCGGUGUAUUUAGUAAAUUUAAUACUAAUAGUAAAAUUUAUCUUCAAAGAGACCAAAAUAAAUAUUUCUCUUCUUAUUCUUCGGUAUCUUUUAUUGCAGGAGCGAAUACUAGUGAUAUAUUAAAAGAUCAUCCAUUGUGGAAAUUGGGUCAUUUAAAUCAUGUUGCUAUAGCAGUACCAAAUAUUGACAACGCUGUAAAUUUUUACAAGAAUAUUUUAGGCGUUGAUCAAGUUAGUGAAGCAUUGCCACAACCUGAACAUGGGGUAUAUACAGUAUUUGUUAAUUUGGGUAAUACAAAAAUUGAAUUAUUACAUCCAUAUGGUGAAAAAUCCCCUAUAAAAAAUUUUUUAGAAAAAAAUAAAAAUGGUGGUAUUCAUCAUAUUUGUAUUGAAGUUAAUAAUAUAAGUAAUGCUGUCAAAGAUUUAUUGGGUAAAGGUAUUAGACCAUUGGAUCCUGAGCCAAAAAUUGGUGCUCAUGGUAAUCCUGUUGUGUUCUUGCAUCCAAAAGAUUGUGGUGGUGUUUUAGUUGAAUUAGAACAAGUUGGAUAAAAUUGUUGUUUAUUUAAUAUAAAAAUUAUAAUUUAUUAAUAUAUUUUAUAGCUUUAUAAAUUAACAAGAUGUAAAUAUAAUCUAAAAUAAUUAAAUUAAUUAUACGUUUAUUUUAUUUAUAAUUAUUAACUGUGAAAUAUCGUAUGUAUAUUA